AUGCCUUGCCUGUCUGCCUUUUUAGGUGGAGAAGAUGAUGCUGACCCAGAGAGGCUGCUUCAGUGCCCAUAUGACAAGAAUCAUCAGAUCCGUGCAUGCCGUUUUCCCUAUCACCUCAUCAAAUGUGCAAAGAACAACCCGAAGCUUGCCAGCGAGCUCAAGACCUGCCCCUUCAACGCUCGGCACCUGAUGCCCAAGCACGAGCUGUCGCACCACAUCGCCAAUUGCGUGGACAAGCGAUCUGUCAACACAGAAGACUUGAGCAGCACGGAGGCGCAGAGGAAGUGGCACGUUCCUGUCAGCACGUGGGAGAACCGCGAUUGUGACGAGGACUGGGAUGAAGAGCUUGAAAGAGAACCUCAACAGCCAUUCAUCUGGGGGGUGUCCACUUCUGUCUUGCACCAGGAGAGUGCCAAGCCCGAGCCCAGGACGACAAACAGCCUACCCCCCGGGCUUCGUGCUCCAACGACUCUGCCAUGGAAAAACUGUGAGUACUGA